AUGGGAAAUACAUGUUCGACAACAUGGUUAGCUAAUCAUUGCUUAAAUUCAUCUCGAACGUCUUUACAAUCAGAAGACGAAAAUAAUUUAUCGAAAAAUAUGAUUGAAUCUACAAUAAUUCCUGCCUGUGAUAAACAUACAGCUACUAUUAUUUUCUUACAUGGUCUUGGUGAUGUUGGUGGAAGUUGGUAUGAUGCAUUUAAAACGUGUCGUAUUAUAAAAUCUAUGCCUUAUGUAAAAUUUAUUUUUCCAACAGCUCCCGUUCGAAAGGUUACAUUAAAUAUGGGAAUGCCUAUGACUAGUUGGUUUGAUAUUCUUGGUCUUGAACAAGAUGUUAAAGAAGAUCAAGAAGGUAUUGAAACAUCAUCAAUGCUUUUAAAUAAUCUUAUUGAAGAAGAAAUUCAAAAUGGAAUCUCACCUGAAUGUAUUAUAAUCGGCGGUUUUUCUAUGGGUGGUGCAAUUGCACUUCAUGCAGCAUUAACAUCUUCAUAUACACUUGGUGGUGUUAUAGCUCUUUCAACAUGGUUACCUUUAUCAACAACAUUUCCUCAAGCUCUGGUGUCUGGUGAUAAGAAGAUUAAUUUACCUAUUCUUCAAUGUCAUGGUGAUGAAGAUCCGUUAGUUCAAUUAAAAUGGGCUCGACUUACUGAACAAAGAAUUAAAUCAAUGGGUUUUAAACAAUAUGCAUUUAGAGAAUAUAAAAAUAUGGGACAUGCAUCAUGUGAUCGAGAAAUGAAAGAUGUUAGUUCAUUUAUUUUACAACAUUUAUCAAAAGUAGAAUGA